AUGGAUUUGCGCACGAUCAUGAACACCGACGGCGGUGCCUCCAACCGUCAGGCCAUUCAAUCCUCGAGCUCUCCGAUCGAGCUCGAUCCUUCUCAUCAACAACGCGCGCAGAACCCUUUGACCGAUUAUCCCAAUCGCCCUCCACCUCCUCAACACCAUCCCUCGCACGCCUCCUCCCCAGAGCGAGCCGCAUCCUACAGUGGCCCUGUCCAUUCAUCUCCCUACCAACAAUUUAAUGCCGGCCCCCCGCCGCUGAAUACGGCCAUACCACCUCAGCAAAGUCAAAGUCCGUCAAGUGUAUCAACCCCAUAUGCCCCUGGCGCGCGUGAUCCGUACGGCGCGUCGGUGUACAAUUCACACCCUCAACACCCCGCGGGUCCCCUGGCCUCACCAUACACCCCACAGCCGAUGAGCGCUGGACCUCAGGUUCCUCCUGAGCAGCAGUCAUAUUUCGCUCAACAACGGUCUCAUUCCCUUCAUUCAGUGAUGGCGAACCCGCGUGCCCCGGCCGAGACCUUUCCUAACAAAGAAAACUUCCCCUCCGCCGCUCCCCAACCACCUCCACCGCAUCAAUUUUCUCCUUCCACCCAUCGAUCCGUACCAGGCACACCUUUGGGCCCUCCCCCAAAUUUAGCCUCUCGACAAUCGCCCUCUUCUGCGCGUCCACAAUCCUCCGGUCAAGACUCCCACAACCCUCUCUCCAGUCCUCGGCAGAUCCAGGACCCGCAGUUGCGAGAUUUGUCACGCACUCAAUCACCAUCAGCUCAGCGUCACUUUUCACCUGGAACUCGAGCUUCCGAGUCCUUACCUCAAUCUCAUCCCGGCGUCAAACAAGAACCCACCGAGCACACCACUCCCCGAGCUGCCUCGAGGCGAAACAGCACUGCAGCCCCUUCUGACGCGACAGGCGCGGUCCCAACACGAUCUUCGGAAGAAAGGAAGUGGAACGAAAGCCCUUCAACUCCAUUUGGAUCGGGUCCCGGUUCGGAUGCACGCGUUUCACCGAUUGCGACUGCACAUUCACAAAUGAAUUCUUCGCCCUCAGGACAAAGGGGCGGAUCGCAUCCUUUGAAGAUGGAGGUCGACCACGAACCUACUUCCCGGGUCAGCAGCCAAACUCCCAAAACAAAGAGGCGGCGUUAUAACGAACCUCCCAUUUAUGCACAACUUUCAGCUCGUACCAAGGGCAAAUGUCCUGUGAUUCCCAGUCCGCUGCCCCCGGUUCCAAAACACGCCAGGCAAUCGCUCCAAGACUCGUGGGCAGCUCGCAGACGAUCCUCUACAGCCGGUCCGCCACCGCCGUCGGCCACAUCAUCACGAAUAACUCGGACGCCAGGAGCAAUAGCUGCACCAGCUGUACCAGCUGCUCCAGUCCCGAACGGCCCUCCCCCUCCCCCUACCCCGAUCCAGCUUGCAUCGCGAAGUCCCGCUCAAGAAGGAGCUCUUGGGAUCUGGGAGCCCUCGAUAACAGGUUUUAUUCCACACGAAGAGAUUACACAUGAACUCUGCGACUUCCUAUUUCGACAUGUGGUCGCUAGAAAUGAUGUCGGCACGGGACCAGCGGGCGCAGCAGCCGUCGGAGCGGGUGCAAUUAUUGAGGUGGAAGCGAAAUUGGGUCAUAUCAUCGACCAAGACCGCAGAGAGAGGUUGGUUUUGCCAAUAAAAACCGAGGCUAUCAUAAGCAAGGAGACUGCAGGAUUCCGGACAUCAUUCGAGAGCAACAUGACAGUCGAGCAACACCGUGCUUAUAACAAUUUCCUCAACCAGACCAAAGAGCGUGAUACAUUCUAUGAAGUUUCUCCCGAGGAGCUCCCUCCAGUCAUUCGGUCGAAUCUGAACCCUCGCCACAAACCCAAAGUUCGUGUGACAACAGAUCAACGGACCGGCGAAGUCCUCGCGAAAAUCAUCAAGUGCCGAGUCGCAGAUAUGGACGUGUAUAGCCCCCGCACGGCCUUUGACUGGCGAGUGAGCGUGAAUCUGGAAAUGGAAUACGAAGGUGAUAUUCGGGGCUUGCCUGUCGUGGACGCAAGCAGUGGUCGCGGUGAGCGCAACAAAGAUCGUAUGAGCUAUCGACAUCAAGCCUACCAGGUCGACUUGACCCAGGUGGCCAGGGCCGAAUCCGCUAUGAAAAAUGAAUUCGACCACGAACUCGAAGUCGAAAUAUCAGGCGCUGAGAUUAAGCGACAGGGCCAACUUGCUGCGGCUGGUGACCCGAAGAACCAAUACGAAGAGCUGGUAAAGGGCUUCGUGGAUAAUGUUCGCGUGCUGGCACGGGUGAAGUCUUGA